AUGCCCUCCAUUCUCAACCUCAAGUUCAAAGGUAACAAGUCCUUCGUGCCUUUCAGUAACCUCGGCGAUGUCUGCACCAAGGUAGCAAGCUUCUUGGAGCAGGGACAACGCCUGGAGAACUUGAGUUGGAGGCUGUGGCACCUCCAGAACCUCAUGGUCGACACAGACAAUGCAAAGUCAAAGCGCGACUUCAAGAAGCUGUCCAAGUGCAUGGGGGACAAGCUUGAUAAGGAGAAAGGACGCAGUAUCGAAGAGUUGCAAGCGCCAGGCUUCAAACGCAACCAUUCCACGGAGCUCAUCCAGCAGCGUGCAGCUGAGAAGGAACGCGAGCGAUUGGCGAACCAGAACGGCAGGCCCGGGACGAUUCACCGUAUGCAGUUCACCUUCAGCGUCGACCAGCCUGCCCCGCCGACUGCGUCCGCUGCGCCGGUGAAGAAGCCCGACCUCAAGCCGUCUGCCGAGUUCAAGGACAAUGCUCUCAAGCGUGGUAGGCCAGCUGCCCGUGCAGCUGCCCACGACGAUACGAGGACCACGACAACUACCUCGAACUCUACCUCGACCUCGAACGACAAUACCACGGAGCCUCCCCUUACUCAGCGUGGCCGCAAGCCCGCUCCCUCCAACGACGACUCGCGCAGCUCAGGGUACACCGACGACAUUUAUCAGAACGCCGCCCUCCGGUUCCCGUCUCUGUUCUCGAACGACUUUGGCCCUGCUGCGCUUCUGUAUCCCACGCCUACGCUCACGACCCCCAUGACCUACGGCGAAGGCGUUGGGCUUGGCACCCACUCUAGCUCUGAUGGAUUCAGUAUCCCUCGUCCCACUAUCGAGCUCCCUCUUGACGAGCUGCUCAAUGCGGACAGCCCUGGAGGCUGGGCGAUUGGAUUCAUGAACGCAGGUCAUGACGGUCGCUCUUUGGAGCAGCAGGCGCAGGAGGACGUGGAGAUGAAGCCGGAGCGGGAGAUGUCUCUCGACACUUCGAUUAGCUCCCGCGGGCAGAGCAGCGAGGACGACGAGGCGCUCCUCACAUCCACUGCGGCGCUUAGGAAUGUCCCCCCGCUCUCGACUCCCAUUGAAGACAUGGUCCCUCGCACGAUCACUCCCACCCGGCUUGGUGGCUCCAACAUGCAGAAUAAUGGCGAUGCACUGGGCCAUGGCCGCGGCAGCAGCAAACGACCAUCUCUCAGCGUGCGCACACAGAGCGUCUCGACGCGCUCGUCUGGGCCCAGCGCCACACCCGUCAACGGUGCCAGCUCGACUGCGCAAAACAACAACAACUCUGCUCCCGGCGGCGUCAAGGCGGAGUGUUCCAACUGCGGUGCAACACAUACUCCUCUGUGGCGCCGUGGCCUCAAUGAUGAACUGAACUGCAACGCGUGUGGGCUGUACUGUAAGCUGCACAAGCGUCCUCGGCCGAAGUCCAUGCGGAACAACCACGGAGAAGGCCGCACGCAGAGCGCCCCUCGUCAAGAGUCACAGGAAGUUGUUGCUCAAUGCUAUAACUGUCAUACCACAGCCACCCCCUUGUGGCGAAAGGAUGACGAAGGCAAGACAGUGUGCAAUGCUUACAAGCUCCACGGCUCUGCUCGUCCUAUCUCCAUGAAGUCGGAUGUCAUUCGCAAGCGCGCACGUCAUGACGCUCGGCGUGCAGGCAAUGGCCCGUCCGAGACGCCCUCGGCCAGCCCUGGCGCGAGUCGUCGCGCCUCGCCAACGAUGGACGCCACGCCGACUUUGGCUCCAGACUCCACGACGCAGAUGUACAACAACGUCAACGGCGACGAAAUGGAGUAUCGGACGUCAAUGCAGUCGGAGCUCAUGGGCGCGCUGGGCGGCAGCCAGAACGGGCCGUACUCCGGGCAGAACUACAACUUCAAUUCCUAUUCGGCGUUUCCGGGGCCCUACCACCCCGACUAUCUGUCGCAGAUGUACAACCCACCUGCGGACGCGCUGCCCUUCGCCUCCGGUGACCUCUCGGACGUGGACAACUCGGGUGGUGAGACGCGAACAAACAAGCGCCGCCGCUUGAGUAACGACUCGGCGUCAGAGCCUCCAUCGUCUGCGGUCUCGUUCAGCUCGUACUCCGACUCGUUUACAUCGGCGUCGUCAUCUACCUCGCAGUCUCAGCGCUCGUCCAUGGACUUCGCGUACAAUCCGUAUGGGUCAUACGGUAUACUGCGUGGCAACAGCAUCAACAAUGCCAUGUGGCAUCCACCUAUGCUGCCGCCCGACAACACGAACUCGCCGCAUUCAUUCGACUCCACCACGACGACACGGAGUCUCUGUUCGCGACCUACCUGCACCCGCCUAUGCUUCCUCCUGACGAUUCGCCUUCGAUGA